UGCAGCAGGUGCUGCCUUUCCGCUGUAGGUUUGACCACCGGUGGGCGUGUGUGAGAAGCAACAGGACAAUUAGUGUGCGCAGAGGGAUUUUAGACAACCCACAGUUAUUUUCACUUCACUUCUUUUAUGCUCUGCUGUUCUGCAUCGUCUCUCUUCAUCUCUGAAUGUGUAACUUUUUUUUUUUUUUUUUUUUGCUUGUCAAUGGUGUCUGGUAAAUUAUCUCAUCAGGGGAAGAUUACUGAACCACAGCACUUCAGAGCAGACCAAGUUCUAGGCAAUGGUACCAUGAGUAGAAGACGAAUCUCCGUCAAAGAGCUUGGUCAACCGGACCACCAGGGCUGGCUUUACAGAAAGAAGGAGACCAAGGGUUUCCUGGGAAUCAAAUGGAAGAAGUACUGGUUUGUCCUUAAGAAAACUGCACUCUACUGGUACACCAACCAGUUGGCGGAGAAAGCAGAGGGCUACAUUGACCUCGCAAACUUCGUGAUAGAUGUAGCCAUCGAGUGCAAGAAGAAGCAUGCAUUCAAAGCCUGCCAUCCUCAGGUCAUGAUGUUUUAUUUUGCUGCUGAGAACCACGAGGACAUGAAUCUCUGGUUGAACAAGCUCGGGCUGGCCUCCAUUAAUUAUGAGCAAACAGAUCAAACCACAGCAGCUGAGUGUUACAGUGAAGCCAGCGAUCACGAAGAAGCAGAGAGCACAGAGAUCCCCCCUCCGCCAUACUCGGAGCAGACCCUACGGGACUCUGUGGAUGCAUCUAAUCCACCUGGGAGCACACAUCAGGGUACUGUACCACCACCAUAUUCUUCCACAGCUCCUGCAGUAGCCAGCGAUUCGCUCUCCUCCCCCGUCAGUACGAUGACGUCGCAGAGCUCCGCCUCUUCGCUCGCUAAGCAACGGCAGUCCUGGAUGGACCUUGUCUCACAGGCGUCCUCUACUCCAGCCGGUGAGACAGCAGUGGUGUGCUCGGUCCAGGUUCACACUCAACGACCGCCACAAGGGAGAACGGAAGUGGGAGCAGUGUCGGAAAGCUCGGUUCCUAAGAGCUCCACAGACUCAAAUGGGUCCAACAAAGAGAACCCAGCAGCUCAUGGGGAGGAGCAGAGGGAUGUUUUAGGUCCUCAAAGUGCAGGCAGUCGUGGGAAUAGCUCUGAUGAGAUGGAAAAGCUGUACAUUCAUCUAAAGGAGGCCAGCCUUUCACCAAUAGGGGAUCGGAAACCAUCCACAAAAAGGGAAUUCAGGGCUUCUUUUGUUAAACGCUGUAAAAACCAGACCGUUAACGAUAAGCUACACCAUAUCAGGGCACUCAAUAGCACGCUAAAGUCUAAGGAAGCGGACUUGCAGGCAAUAGAGCAGGUGCUGUGUGACCCGGAGCUUACCUCAGACAAGUUCAGAGAGUGGAAGGAAGCCAACGCACCACUGAUGGUGGAGAUCUGCGUCAAAGACGACCAGAAGGGGGCGCCAGAGGCUGUGACAGCUGCAGCAUCAGUCACCACUGCCCCUGUUUCAGAGACCAGUUUAUAAGAAGUCCCCCUGACUUAGUUUACUGUGUUUGGACUUGGACCUCAUGAUUACAUACACUCACUGCUGUGAUUUAGUCAGAUGACACUUCAGUUCCAUGUAAACGCAUAUUUAACUGCUGUUUAACAUGCAUCUGUAAAGUGUUUUUUUUUUUUCUGUUUUAGGUUUCAUAUUGACUUGGAAACAUGAGCAAUACACAUGAAAAUGUGAUUUCUGUUUUAGUAUUACUUUUACUUGCCAUUUGGUAGAGUCGGCUAAUUUUUCAGAGCUUAGUCUUUUUUAACAUUUUAAUUCACAGAACCUUUGCAUAAACUCUGAUUGUAUGGAACAGAAUUUACAGAAACACUGUUUUUUGUUUGUUUUUGGUAUUGUUUUUUACUGUGUAAUUUAUCUACUUUGUUUUCAUCUGCAGGGAACAAAUUCCCAGAAUGUUGUUGUCUGCUAAUUAUUGGUGCCAUGCACCAUCUGUGCCUGUUACAAGCAAUCCAGGAGCCAUGAUUCUUUCCUUGUGCUGUAGAUGUCACAUCAUGCUUUAUAUUAACUGUUCUGACUGAACAAUAAACCCUGUAGUUAGAAUAAAUCACAUCCUGAUAAUUUCAGAUAAAUAGGAGUCAAAUUAUUGUCGCUAUUCAGUUUAAAACUCACCUAAAACACUAGACAUUUGCCUUGAGACCGUAAAUGUUGGCAGUAUGUUUAUUUUAGUGUGAAAAAAUACUUGGUAGUAUUCUUUAGCAUUACUGCCCUGUAUGUGUACAGAAAGUGCAAUCACUAUUGGCUAAUGCAAUGAAAUAUUAGCACCAACUGUCUUUCAGAUAGGGUCAAAUUUUAACUGAGGGAACCAUCAAAGUUUAAAUACAAAUAGGUAAAUAAUUCAACUCUAAAA